UUUCCGACCCCAAGGAGUGUUGGUCUCUCCCGCGUCUUCUUGAUGAGUGACUAUGAGACGAGGGGGUCGUCUUCCGACGAUCGCGAGGAAGAGGGCGCCCCGCGGCCGUCCUCCCCCUCGGAGGAAGGUGAGGAGGACGCCCAAGGAAGCAGGAAGCGGCCUCGCCCUUCCGGCGAUGGCGAGGAUGAAGAUUGCCGGGACGGAGAUUUUCCGGCGAAAGUACCGGCGAGGUCCCGCGACAUCAUCUUCCGCAUCGUCGUCCCGUCCGUGCAAAUCGGCAGAGUCAUCGGCGUCAAGGGAAGCCAGAUCCGUCGGAUCCGAGAAGAGACCAGAGCGACUAUCAAAAUCGCCGAUGCCGUAACGCCAUUUGAAGAGCGUGUCAUCAUUAUAAGUUCUAGAGAUGAUGAAUGUGAAGUCUCUGAUGCAGAGCGUGCACUCCAGUAUAUAGCUAAAAUUAUUCUCCAGGAUGACAACAAUGGUAUGAUAGCACCAAGAGUGGGUACUGGGCAUUCUGCUAAGAACAUGAUCAGGCUUCUAAUUGCAGGGUCUCAGGCUGGUUGCCUGAUUGGGGUUUCUGGUCAUAGCAUUGCAGAAAUAAGAAAUUCUUCGGGUGCAACUGUCCAGAUCAUGGCACCAAAUCAUUUGCCUUCCUGUGCAUCUGCACAUGAAUCAGAUCGCUUGGUGCAGGUUUCGGGUGACAUUGCAGAAGUUCUGAAAGCUUUAGAGAGGAUAGGCUAUAAAUUAAGGGAAAAACCCCCAAAAAGAGUAAUUUCUAUCAGGCCAACUUACAAUUUCAGUGCAGGCCCUGCACCUUAUUUAACAGUACCUUCAGCAGACACUGUGACGUCUGAGAUAUUGAUCUCGGAGUCAAUGGUUGGUGGGUUGAUUGGAAAACACGGCUCCAACAUUUCGAACUUCAGGGCUUGGUCUGGUGCAACAAUUAGGGUCAUUGGUGAAAGAGGUGAAAGACCACAGAGACAUAUACGUAUUGAAGGCAGUGCCGAUCAGGUAGCUGCGGCCAAGAUGUUGGUAGAAAACUACAUUAGCUCACAAGUGAACGGGUCAUGACAAUGCCGAUCCUUUUACGCCUUUUGGGCGUUCACACCUCUUGUAUCAAUAAACUCUCUCUCUCUUUUACACCCGCAAUCAAUCAUGCAUGCUGAUCGAAACAUAGCACAGUAUGCACAAUAAGAGCGAGCACACACGUACACAUAAUCGGAAAUGGUCUGGUAGAGCCCAUCUGGUUUAAAACUUGUUCCUUUUCCACUGUUGCCAACGAGAACCUUACUUUUUUUUUUAAAAAAAAAUCGAAACAAAAAAACCCUUCUAUGAUCAUAUUCAAGAAAUUUUCGAACUUUCAUGGUCAGCUGCUUUAUCAUUGAAUUCUAUAAGGGGGCGUUUGAUAGCCAGGUGCACUGUCGAGGAGGGGGAAUUGUACGGAUUUCCUCUGUACCUAAAGGAUGUGUUUGGGAACCAUUCUGAUGAAAAUGACAUGAUUUUUAUGUAUUACUAAAAUAUAACUCCUCAACUUUGUGGAAAGACAAACUCCAUAAACAUCUUCUAAUUUGGUGUUCCAAAGGGGUUGAUGAUUUGCCGAACAUGAAUGGGAAUUCAAGCCACGUCAAAAGAUUCAAAACAUUUGCUUUGUCUGGAUUGAUAUCUCCAUGUGCAAGUCUGCAACUCGUUUUUAACUACAAUGUCUGUCUUUUGCCUAUAAGAUUUCCAUUUCAGAGCUUCAUCAAAUGUGGUCUCAGCACUGAAGCUCUAUCCAAUUCUAAUCGUGAAAUAGGUUUUAAGAGGGCCUAAGUUUUGUGCAUUUUGUAACCCUACUACCGCACACUGUUUUUAUCCAUGGAUAUUUUUGAGGGAGACUCUGUUCUUUCUUCUCAUUUCUGUUUUUUGCUUUUCCCUUCAUCCGGGAAGGGUGGGGCAGCUGGGGUUAGGCAAAUCUUUUCUGGAUUAUGUGAAUGGAGAUGCAACUUGCGUGUGGAAGGUCUUAUUUAUAUGCAAUAUCCUAGGUAGAGGAAACUUGUUGGUCAUUGGACUGCAUUUUGUACAAAGAAUGUGCAAAAUUAAGAGACGGGCAGUAUACAUGAUAUGUGCAUUUUAAGUUUAAAAUUUCUAUGUAGCUAAAUACAAAGUACAUUGAAUGCGGAAAGGCUUUAGAUCCAGGCAUAGACUCUGGGACACUUGAACAUUGUGGUAGUGAAGUUUUUGGUGUGUUUUCAUGUCGUGUAAGCAGUAUUAUCUGUAUCAUAGCCGCAUGUUGGGGUAUUAGCCUUGUUUACAUUCUUUUGCGCAUCUUUUUGAUGUUUUUCGUGUACAGCGAAUGAUUGAUUAGUGAAUAUAUCUGAAAUAUGUUACUUUUUUACUGUUUUCA